AUGGCGGCGAAGUGCGUCGACUGCGGGCGGCGAACGGUCAAGGGCAAGCGCCGACGGCUCUUGCCCAACAUGUGCGAGCGGUCGACACGGCUGCCCCAGCACCACAAGUGCCGGUCGGCGACCAUGACAUCGCCGCCGCCCAAGCUCCACAAGCGCCGGCGACGCCAGUCGGCGACCAAGACACAGCCGCUGCAAAUCGUUGCCGCAGAUCCGCAAGUGCCCGAGACGCAUGUAGCCGACGCGGUUCCGUCUCCAUUAGUGCAAGUGGCCGUCGACGUGCAAGUGACCGUCGACGUGCAAGUGAGCGUCGACGAGCAAGACGCCGCUGUAGCACUUGUGCAGAUGGCGUACCCCCAUCAUUACAGGCUCCCGGAAGCACGAGCUCCAACCCCGAUGGUUUAGCAAUCUCAAAGCAAUGCCCUUAGUAUGC